UUCACAAGAACCACAUAAUUAAAAAUAUCUUAACACGUAGAUUUCAUCCUAUAUAAUAGAACAUCGUAGAAAGAGGAGAAACAACAAAUAAACAAAAAUGGAUAUUGAAGCUGUGACUCCGACUUUGCAAGGCGAGUGGAUCGAGGUGGAGCAGAAAGGAGGAGAGGGACCAGGACCAAGAAGCUCACAUGGCAUAGCAGUGGUCGGAGACGAGCUCUACUCUUUCGGCGGCGAGUUAACGCCAAAUAUUUCCAUCGGCAAAGACCUGUACGUGUUUGACUUCAAAACCCACACUUGGUCGAUCGAAACGGGCAGCGGAGACCUCCCUAACGUCAAAGCCUUAGGCACCCGGAUGGUGCCCGUGGGAACUAAGCUCUAUAUAUUCGGAGGCCGCGAUGAGCAUAAACAGUUCGACGACUUUUACUCGUACGACACGGUGAAAAAGGAGUGGAAGUUUCUGACGAAGCUGGAUGAAGUGGGAGGUCCCGAGGCUCGUACUUUCCAUUCCAUGGCUUGGGAUGAUAACUAUUGGCGUGGAUAUACUAUAUUAGAGAUAAUGAUCGAGAGUUUGUGA